AUGGAGAUGCUCCAAGGAUCUGGCAUCACCCCUGACAGAUUCACAUUCCCUUCUUUAUUGAAGGGUUGUGCACAGUCCUUGGCUUUCACUGAGGGGAAGGCUUUACAUGGUCAGAUUGUGAAGCUUGACCUUGACUCUGAUCUAUACAUUGAAGCUACACUGAUUGGAAUGUAUGCAGCUUGCGGGGAUCCAUUCUCAGCUAGAGUAGUAUUUGAAAAGAUGGGUCAGAGAAACCAAGUUGUGUGGACUUCAAUGAUCGGUGGUUAUGUGAAGAAUGAUUACCCGAAAGAGGCACUGCUGCUUUUCGGUGAGAUGGAAGAAGAAGGACAAGAACCUGAUGAAGUCACCAUGGUGAGUCUCCUUUCUGCCUGCACAGACUUAAGGGAUUUGGAAUAUGGUAAGAAACUGCAUUCUCGCAUUGGGGAAUCUGGUAUGAAGGUAUGUGUUGUUCUUGGGACUGCUCUGAUCGAUAUGUAUGCUAAGUGUGGAGACUUGGAUUCUGCAAGAGAGGUGUUUGAUGCAUUGCCUAAAAGAAAUGUGUUUGCUUGGUCUGCUAUGAUAUCUGGGUAUGCUCAGAACAAUCAAAGUGGGGAUGCAUUGAGGCUGUUUAAGCAGAUGGUUACUGAAGCAAACCAAAAGCCAAAUGACAUCACAAUCUUGGCAGUUCUUUCGGCUUGCACUCAGUUGGGUGAUUUAAAUCUAGGUAGAUGGGUCCAUGCAUAUGUUGGUGCAGCCCAACUGAAUAAUUCCACUAGCUUGCAGAAUUCACUCAUAGAUAUGUAUGCGAAAUGCGGAAGGAUAGAUGUUGCCCAACAGAUAUUUGAUGACAUGAUGGAGAGAGAUGUUGUCUCAUGGAAUGCCAUGAUCAGUGCACUCGCCCUUCAUGGACUCGCUGAGCAGGCUUUGGCCCUGUUUGCUUUCAUGCAAGUGGCUGGAAUCACGCCGGAUGAUAUCACCUUCAUCGGUGUUUUGUCAGCUUGUAGCCAUGCCGGAUUGAUCCAAGAAGGGAACCUCCACUUUCAAAACAUGAAGAUUCAAUAUGGAAUAGUUCCGAAGUUGGAGCAUUAUGGGUGUAUGAUUGAUCUUCUUUGUAGAGCUGGGCUUUUGGACGAAGCUGAAUGUUUUAUCAAGGAAAUGCCGAUGAAGCCAAAUGGUGCAGUGUGGGGUGCUUUGCUUAGUGGAUGCAGAGUUAUUAACAAUGUAGAGAUAGGGGAGAGAGCAGCAAAUCACUUGCUAAAACUCGAACCAGAAAAUGAUGGUGUUUAUGUACUGCUGUCGAACAUCUUUGCCAGACAGAAGAAAUGGGAAGACGUGAGCAAGUUGAGAAGUUUAAUGCACCAAAGAGGAAUCCGAAAAACACCUGGUUGCAGUUCCAUUAUUGUUGAUGGAAUUGCACAUGAGUUUCUUGUCAGAGAUCAUUCUCACCCAGAAUCAGAAAACAUAUAUUUGAUGCUAGAUCAGGUUACACAAAAAUUGAAACAGGCAGGCUAUAUUGCAGAAACAUCAGAAGUACUGCUGAACAUUGAUGAGGAAGAGAAGGAAAACUUGGUUUUACAGCACAGUGAAAAGCUGGCAAUCUGUUUUGGUCUUCUGAAGACAAAAGCCAAUACUGAAAUUCUCAUCAUGAAGAACCUCAGGAUCUGCCAGGACUGCCAUUCUGCAAUAAAAAUUAUUUCAAAGGUUUAUCAACGACAGAUAACUGUUCGGGAUCGAAGCCGUUUCCACCAUUUCAAGGAUGGAUCUUGUUCUUGCAGAGAUUACUGGUGA